AUGGUCCCCGGAUUGGCAAAAACGGAAUGCAACCGGAAUCCGUGCCCGCCAUGGGCUAAGCGACGUGAGGGGGCUCACAUCGACCACCACGCCGCUCACCCGACAUCCAACAACGUUGCCAACACCACAACGCUGUGCCACGUCACCACGGCACACAAACCAGCACCCACGACAGUGCACAACGGCACACCACGUCCACGAAAACUCCCCACCGCCCACGAAAACACCCCAGCCACCCACGUACAUCUCCAAUGGACGCGAAACAACACCCCGCGGACACGAAACAGCACCCAGCGCCCACGUACACCGCCAGCGCCCACGAAACGACGCCCAGCGCCCAUGCCAACGCCUAACGCCCACAAUGCAACGCCCAGCGGACAUGACGCCAACGAGGACGACAACAUGCCAGGACGACGACACGCGAAAACGACGACACGACGCGAUGACGCGUCGACAAUGCGCGCCAACGAGACCACUCCCUCCCCCUCCCCUGCUGCUCACCACUCCUUCCUCUCCCUACUGCUCACCCACUACCCACCAUCCCCUUCCCCCUCCCUUACUCCCCCUCCUUUCCUGCUCACCACUCCCUCCCUCUCCCUACCCCCUUCAUUCCCUACCCCCUCCCUUCAUUCCCUACCCCCUUCAUUCCCUACCCCCUGUCUUCAUUCCCUACCCCCUGUCUUCAUUCCCUACCCCCUGUCUUCAUUCCCUCAUUCCCUACCUACCCUCUCCCUCACUGCCCCUCCCUUCAGUUCUUCCCCCCUCUAG